CUAACGCUACUCACCACCAAAAAAAUCACAUUUAGGAAGACAGGUAGUACGUUUCAAACCCUUCCUCACCACACGAAAUGGUCGCAUUGAAGACUUCGUUUCCUAAUGGAGCGAAAGGCGAAGUAGUUCAUUAUCAUAGCUUGCUGGAGCCGAUCCUUCAGCAGAGAUUUCUCCGAUCUUCCUGGUGUCUUCUGGGUCUCUGUUUGAGCGUGUCGUACUGGCUCACAUCCUCCCCAAUCUUUUCGCUCAAGACGAUUACAUCCACCGUCUUUUGCGGUGUUCUUGUCUUUUUGUUCACUUUUCCUUUCUAUGUUUUCUUAAAAGGCCGUAUGACCACCACCGUACCUGCAUAUGAUACCCUAGCACAAUCCAUAUUGCACCGUGCUUCUCCUUCUUCCUUUCUUCCCGCAGUACUUACUUUUUUCUCGUCAUCGUUUGCGGUGACACUCACCUACUUGUGUGGUCAUAGCCAAACUUCGCGUUUCCAAUGGCUUACGAGUGACAAACCCUACGAGCUUCCUCGGUUGAACGAGCGUUCUCUCUAUAUUCUCGUGGUCGCAACCAUUCUCUCCAUUCUUGCCGCUGUUUUUCACAUUUUUUCCAACCAGGAUGUCAUCCCUCCACCUGUCGUCCGUAUUCCCAUCGCUCUUUACUUGAAACAGCGCUUUGAGCACUCCAUACGUAUUGCCUCAUCCAUGGCUCUUGGCUGCAGUAUCCUUUCUCUGCCAGUCUAUGCCCUUGUGCGUUCACCCUUAUGGCAAACAGCCCUGUUCUUCACUCGCUGCUUCCACCGGAUAGCCGCGUCAAAGGCACUGCCCCAUUGGCCUGUGGGUCUUGGUUUGUUUCUUCACUCCUUUUGGGUUUCCUACUUAAUCUCGUUCUUGUGGUGUUAUGGUAUCUCUUUCUUCCGUGUUUUCCUCUUUGCCGGUCCUUCUGUUCGUGGCCGCUUAAUCAGCAUGCGCUCUGCCGAUCCUAACGCUACACUCAUUACCGGCUUGCGCAGCGAUCGUCGUCCCUUUACGCAAAUGAUGGCUUACGAGGAGCUAGCGUUUAUUGCUUCUCGUGACCCUGCUCGUAUACGACUUAUCUUACAGGACACGGAUCGGAAGGAUCCUAUAUGGUCGGAGAUUUUGAAAGCACUUUUGUCACACUGCGAGCGCCUUUCGGCGACUGUGGCCCCUUACAUUCGUUCCAAUGCUGCAGCCAAGUCUGGUGCUGGUGUAGAUGUUUCCACCGCAACUUCUAAAAUGUCUCCCUCUGGCUUACGUUCUGGCAUGCCAGAAGUGCCGCUGAAGGAUGCAAACAUUUAUCGCACUACCAACCGACACUCAGCUUCAAGCACAAUACAGAUUCUUGAAAAACUGAAAGAACGCGGGACAAAGAGGGCCGAGCCAAUUUCUUCUCUUAACGGAUCUGCCCUUGACUCGUCCAAGUUACCCUCUGUUGUUCACAACAAGGCUUCUAUGUACCUUACACAUCUCUCCCACUCACCCUUCUUGCGUCCCUUUCAACACACAUUGGAACGUCAAAACAACAACAUUUUCCCCGUUCCGUGGCUCUUCGUUUCUGCUGUUAGUUCAUUGACAAAGUUUGUCUUACAGUCUUUGAAGUACGACACGUACGGUGUUGUUGCUCGUGACGUUUCACGCAUCCUCUGCAUUCUGUGUGAUACUUACGAUCAAAUUCUCUCGUACAAGGAAAACGUCAGGGCUCCGGAAGCCGGUGUUUCUUCGGAUGAAUCCAGUGAAAAAGCAUUUACCAACUUCAAUAUCGCCCUAGAGACUCUUCGGUUUAGUAUCAUAGACAUCACCGAAAGUUUCUCACCCUUCUUCUCCCAACUCGACAUCCCCUCCCGUAUUGAAACGCGCUGUAAGUCUAUCCGCCAAGGCGCUUGAAUGCCAUUAACUACCAGAAGGCAUUCUAAAAAAAAGUGAAUCAUGAUUCAUAAAAAAAGUAAGAAAAACAUUAAGUGUCAUGAAAGAAAACAUAGCAGCACAGAGAGGAGUUUAAAGAUUGCAAUGCAAAGACUGAAGGAUACGAUCUUUGUGCGUAUGCACCGAAAGCACGUUGACCGUGUCACUUUUUGUGUGUCGUCGUUAUGUUGAUCCACCAGUGGUACAACCGCAUCUUUAUUCCUUCGAGCGUUAACUUUGGGCGAACGUCAAGGUAUAAGCUGCUUCCAUCACCAGAAGGGCCCGGAUAGCCUUUGUAAAAGUCGAUCACAUAUACGAUUUUCUUGCCGCAGCGGUCGACAGUCCAGUCAUGUCGGUCAAAAGGUUUGGUAAAGCCUAGCAACGAUAAAAAGCGUGCUUUUGGCGAAAUCUUCUCCGAGUUUCCCUCGAACUUGUCUAACGUCAAACCCCCGCAUCUACAAUUGAGUUGGUUAGUUAAAUGCCGGUUAAGACAUCGCGCCAUUGACAGAUGCAAAUACACAUCUGGGUGUAAGAAGCAUUUACGCUCCGGAUGCCAAAUGCUCACCGAAAACACUUACUUCUCUGCACCCCAGCCCUUUUCCCAAUGAAGGAUGCAUUUCCACACUUGUUCGUUGACAGCGUUAUGGACAGGAACGAUGGUUUGCAUGUCUUUUGCGUUAGGAUGAAAGUUUUUCCGUUUCAUCGCAUCAUAAAACAUUUUCGGCGAUGGAUAUACCCACCGUUCUGCGGAUGAUUCGUCUGAAUGCUCUGCCGUUUUUGGUAUACUGGAUACCAUUCUGUCUGUUGACAAGGUUCCCUCCUCGUCUCUGGCUGACUGGGCCAGAUUCGACGAUUCUUGCUGGUUUUGUUUUAACCAAGCAUCGCGAACGUCUUUAGGAACGGGACAUUUUAGUUCUUCAGUUUCAGUUUCACUCAUUCUCACAACGACACAGAUAGCAACGUGGGAUGGUCUACUAUGUUCUGUGUCUGCGUGUACUUCGUACUGUAUCGAAUGAUAGGAGUCCGAUGUGGUUCUGUUUCUCUCGUAAUUGCGUUUCGCCUUCCGUGUUUUGAGCCGUUUAAGAAAUAAUAAAGUUCAGAUUUCGUCAAUUCGAAUUUUCUCCGAUUGAUCUGUGUCCGCACGAGUGUUUUAAAUUGAAGUGUUGUUCCUGUUACUACCGUUGCUACAGAUGCAGCAAGCACCUCCUAUUAGCAGUAGACUUUUCUUGUAGCUCUGCAACAGCUGCCCCCACAUUCCAUAGACCCUCUGCACCCUGAUUGCCCA